UCGGUCGGGAUCCCGUGGGGGUUUAUAAUGGCUCCAAGGAGUUGUGACACAUGGGAACCAAUACUAGAUGUGUCAUGCUGCAGAGGGCCAUUGGGGAACAAGAACCUUUGGUCUUGGCCAUCUGUAUUCAACUACCUGAAAGGAGAGCGUAGCCAGGUGAGGGUUGGGCUCUUCUCCCAGGUAACAACUAACAGGACGUGAGGAAGUGGGAGGUUGUGCCAGGGAAUGUUUAGAUUGGAAAUUAGGAAAAAAUUUUCUUCACUGUAAGGGUUUGUAAAGCGCUGGAACAGGCUAUCCAGGGAAGUGUUUCCAUCAUCCCUGGAAGUGUUCAAAAAACAGGUGGGUAUGGCACUUGAGGAUAUGGUUUAGUGGUGGACAUGGUGCUCUUGGGUUAAUGGUAGAUAAAAGGAUCCUAGAGGUCAUUUCCAACCCAUACGGUUCUGUUCUGUGGCUUGAGCUGUAUGGUAUGCAUGCCUGCUCGUGAAAUAAGACAUGUCCAAAAUCCAUCCUGCAGCCACCUCUGUGCAAAUAUGGGCUAAGGCCAGAGAUGUGUUUUGGCCUUCUUUUUUCAAGUUUUAUUUCUAAGGUGAGUGGAACGUUCCAGGUUAUUGAGACAGUUGCAAAAAUACGCUUAGCCUGGGACCUCCAAAGUGUUUUAUGUUACAUGAAUAGAAGAACUGUUCUUGACCAGCCCUUGGGAAGCAGCCAGUAAGAGGCUAGGAUGCAGACUUAAGAAAUCUUGCAUUGGAAGGAGUCAGUCUUUCCCCAAGUGUUUGUAUCUUUCUCUUUCUUUUACCAACAAUAUGUAAUUUGCUAAUACUGAUAUAAGAUUGUAAUUAGAAAACACAGUGCAGUGGUGUGAGCUGGUUAGGUAAGGGCAACAAAGGCAGAUGUUGAUGUUGCUCCUGCUUUGGUGGCAUCUUGGCAGCCUUGGUUUUGAGUAAUGUGUUUAGUCAAAUAUCUUUUUAUUGCUUUGACUCUUCGCUGCUGACUUCCUGAGGAAGGGGUUGAGAAGAGGAAAAUGCUGCUUUGUAAUAAGCUAAUAAUUAAACAAUUGAGUGCAACAAAUAAGAGACACAUCACAGUCUGUUGCACUGCUGAAAGGAGUGGCAGCAAAUAAUGCACAUGGGAACUAUUUCCAAAGAAAAAUGUCGCAAGAAACUUUUUGGAAUUGGACAUCACAAAGCACUCCUUGCUACAGGGCCCAGACAAGAUACCAGCAUUUUCUACGAAAUUCGCACAUAUGAUAUCAAGCCGUCGAAGAUGAAGGAGUUUUUGGAAACGAUCAACAAGUACAUUCACUUUCGCACAGCUCACUCAGAGCUGGUGGGAUUCUGGUACACGGAGCUGGGAGCGAUGAAUAAGGUGUUCCACAUUUGGAAGUACGAUAAUUUUGCCCACAGAACAGCAGUCCGGCAAGCACUAGCCAAUGACAAAGACUGGCAGGGAAGACUUAUGUCUGCAGUCCUCCCCUUGGUAGAGAAGCAGCACAAUGAGGUCGCUUAUCUGGUACCUUGGUGUCAACUUGGAAAGCCUCCAAAAGAGGGGGGGGUGUAUGAAUGGGUUACUUUCCAGAUGAAGCCUGGUGGGCCAGCAUUGUGGGGUGAAGCAUUUCGAGCUGCAAUCAAUGCUCACAUCAACACAGGCUAUACCAAGCUGAUUGGUGUUUUCCAUACAGAAUAUGGAUUACUUAACAGAGUCCAUGUGUUGUGGUGGAAUGAGAGCCCAGAUAACCGGGCAGCGGGAAGACACAGAGCCCAUGAAGAUGCCAGAGUCGUAGCAGCUGUACGCGACAGUGUCAGGUUCUUGGAGUCCCAGCAAAAUGCACUCCUGAUUCCUCUGCAGUGCUCACCGCUGAAAUAACCUUCUUCUAAAGGGUGGAACUGAUGGCAAAAGAGACAAGAUGGAAGUGCUGUCAGCAAGUGACAUGGAUCCCCAUACCCAGUGAACUGAGCUGUUCUUCAGUUGACCAAAAAUGGAUGCAAAAUGCUGAUCACUAGCAGUGUAAAUCAGCAUGCUGCUAUCUAGUUGUUAAAAAGAAGUUUAUGAUGUUGUUCCUACCUCUCCAGGAAAGAGAACUUGAGCUGUAUCACACAUGACAUGAACCACACUUCACCAAUCCUUAAUUUUAACUCCUAAGUUCUUAAUACUUUUUCAAAUAGCUAGAUCCCUUAUCAAACCUACUAAAGUUAAGUGUUCUUUUCCAACACUGCAGUCAGGGGUGGUAUCACUUUGCUAACGUAUUUUGGUGCCUCUUAUAAUUAUCACAUCGUGGUUAUUCCAUACUGGUUUAAGAAGGAAUGCUCCCACAUACACCUUACCCAGUUAAGUUUUAAUCAGACAUCUCAUUGGGAUACUCUGCAUUAAUUCUGAGCAAAGUAAAACAUCAACGUAGCUGGAGUGCGACUUGGGUGCUACAGUGGAGCUGGUCAGGUGGUGUGCAGCACCCUCUUCUGCAAUUUAUAGGUACUAACUAUAAACUGCAGAGCACUUGGGAGUCUGUUCCACACAUUCAUCACAGACCUGCAACAAGCAAUUGAUUUAAUAUCUCUACUGAGGUAUCUUUGUGUAGUUUGCCUAAUGAUUAUUGCUUGCUUAAAGUGCAUUAAGAUCUCACAGAAAGCACUAUAAAACAGCCAUAGGCAAUUAUGCUUAUGUCCAAAGUACAACUUACAUCUCUGUAAUAAAAAUUCAGAGACAAGUACUUGAGUUGGGAUUUAAACAUCCAGAGAAAUUUGUUAUGCUCUGCAGCUGGAUUUGACAAAUAAACCAAACACUGUUUUCAUGA